AUGCGGCUCGUGUCCUCAACGGCGCCAUGCUCCGUGUCCAGCUACGGCCCGUACUGGCGCAACUCUCCGCCGCGUCGCCACCAUCCAGCUCCUCUCGCGCACCGCGUCGCGUGCAUGACGCCCGCCAUCUCCGCGGAGGUGCGCGCCAUGGUGCGGAGUAUGGACCACGCCACCGCGGGCCGCCCCCGGCGGCGCCGCGCGCAUCCAGCUGAAGCGGAGGCUGUUCGAGCUCUCCCUCAGCGUCCUCAUGGAGACCAUCGCGCAGACCAAGACGCCCGCACCGAGGCCAACGCCGACACGGACAUGUCGCCCGAGGCGCAGGAGUUCAAGCAGAUUAUCGACGAGCUCGUGCCGUACAUGGGCACGGCCAACCGGUGGGACUACCUGCCGGUGUUGCGUUGGUUCGACGUGUUCGGCGUGAGGAACAAGAUCCUCGACGCUGUGUGA